AGACGACCUAAAUUUUGUUUUGUUUUAGGGAAUUAUGGCUGCUCUCGACUUUGCCGAGGAGGUGAUAAACGAAACCCAAAGUAUUCCCCAAGAACGUAACUCCAUUCGUCAGCGCCGGCAAGAGGUAAUAGCUACGAAUACUAGCCGUCAAGAAACUACGACAGAGCUGAUUCCAACAACAACCGAAACAUCAACGUCUGAUCCUACAACCGUUACCGUUCUCAACUUUUUCCCUGACCUCGCCAACGACUCGAUCAACGAAAUCGAUUCCGAUCGCGUGCGCUUGAUACGCGAGGACGAGCCAAAAGGCGCCAAAAAUGGCACGGUAAAGGGAAGACAGGAAGACGACGACGGAGACGGCGGUGGACUUUUAGGUGCCAUCAUUUCUGGGUUUUUGGGAAGUCUUAGUAAUCCCGAAGGCGGGGUCGAUAUUGAUGCUGUCGUUAACGUAAUCGGAAGCUUGAGUGUGGCGCGAACGGAUGGGACUUACGAUUUUUCAGGUUUGACGGAUACGUUAAUGGCCUUUUUCGGGGGUGGCGACGACGGCGGCGGUUCGGACGUAGGAUCGUUCGUCGGAGGUCUUGCAGCAGCGUCAAUUGCGGGAUUUGCCAAUCCUCCUGGAGCGAAAGGAGCCGGAAGCCUAGUGGGAAACUUAUUAAAACAAGUAUUGCCUGCCAUAAGCGCUCCGGAUCCACCUGCACCAGGAGAAAAACCGCAACAAAGCGGCGCUGGAGGUUUCCUACUUAAUUUACUGAAUGGAUUGUUUGGCACUCCGCCCGAUGCAAAUAAUCCCAAUCCGCCAUUCUCUUUCGCAACGAUCAAAUCGAAUAUAAUCACGGCCGUGGUUUCGGCAGUGUCGUCGAUCCUAGGCGCAUCGUCCUCGGCCAGCUCCAAAGGGUAGAAACGAAGAAGUUUUUCCAUUAGGUUACAAAUAUCGUAUAUUUUUUUAAUUGAGUCGCUUUCCCCGCAGAAGUGCGUAGAUUGUUUGAAUUAAAAACAGAUUAAGUGUAAUAAAGGAGAUGCAAUUGCA